CCGAAUUUCCGGGAUCCCGGUGUUUCAUGCGCCCGUUCAAUGGCCCUACAUAGUACCGGUUCCUAAACAUACAUACCGGUUCUUGAACCAGCAUACGUGCGCUUGGAUGUGAUACCUCAAUUUGGUGUACCUCUCCCUGCAGCUGACCGCUGUAUGCUGAUGAGGAAUCUGAGAGCCAAAGCACGUCAGCCAGCUAUACUUAGCUCACUAACUCCCAGUCAAACCACUGUCGGUUCUGGCAAAUAUAUAUAUCAUCGACAGCAUUUCCUUAGUAGCGAGCCUACCACUAGUAUUAGUAACGGCAAGUCCGCAGUACUAUGCACAUGUAACACUGGGUUACUACUACUAAGUACUCAUCUAAAGCAUCCUCAUCAUGGUUAGACUACUGUUUCCUAGUGAUUGUAUCCAGCAG